AUGCGGGCACGAUUCAUCUACCCCGCCAGCAAGGGCAGCUCCCCACGUCCUGGCGCCGCCGCCGCCGCCCCCCUCGGCGCUAAGGACAGUAGUGAGGCAGCAGAUGGAGCUGGCCCCUGGGAUGAAGAAGUCACCAAGUGGUGGGGAGAGUGGAGCUCCUGGUCCACCUGCUCCCGGUCCUGUGGGGGAGGCGUGAUGUCCCGGGAGAGGCACUGCUUGCGACAGAGGCUUCAGAUGCCCCAGGGAACAAACAGCACCAUGUGUGCUGGUCAAGCCAAGCACUACCAACUGUGCCAGCAGCAGCCCUGCCCAGCCAACACAGCAAGCUUCAAACAGCAGCAGUGCUCCAGUUUCAAUGCCAAAGCCUUUGGGAAGCGCUACUACCACUGGAUGCCCCUCUAUCCAGAUGACUACACCAGUAUCUCCAACAAGCCAUGUGACCUCCAAUGCACCACCCGGAGUGGCGAGAGGCAGCUGAUGGCCCGAGCACAGGAUGGUACCUCCUGCAAGGACAGGACCUAUCAAGGGGUCUGCAUCAAUGGGAAGUGUGAGCCAGUUGGGUGCGAUGGGAGCCUGUACUCACCCCGGACGAUGGACAGAUGCAGGGUGUGUGGAGGGGACGGCAGCACUUGCCACCGUGUCUCGGGCAGCUUCCGAAAGGCAAUCUCACAGAUAGGUUAUGUGUUCAUCACCAACAUCCCUGCCGGUGCCAUGGACAUCCUCAUCAUCGAGCGCAGGAAAACAGAAAACAUCCUAGCACUCGCAGAUGAAUCCGGGCAUUUCUUCUUCAACGGCAACUCUGCCAUUGACAACCCCCAGAACUUCAGGGUAGCUGGCACGAUCUUCAAGUACCGGAGGCCCUCGAGCCUGAACUCAGAUGGGCUGGAGUAUAUCAUAGCUCAUGGGCCCACUAACCAGUCUCUGAAUGCCAUGUACUAUAACUUUAAUGGGAAAAUGCCACACAUAACUUACGACUACACUGUACCACGGAUACCACCUGUCCAAACUGCAGCCCCUGUUGUAGACAGACCUCUGUAUCAUCACCUACCAGAGACCAGCCAGAACCAUCCCAUUCCAGCCAACUCCAGAGCUGCCCAGGACUUCAAUGCCACGUGGCUCUCCCUGUCACCACAUGACACCAGUGAACAGCUUCCUCUAAGAGAAGGGCAUGAAGAUUUAGGUUUUGGCCACCCACACUUCUUACAAACCAACUCCACCAGUCAGACUCAGGACUGGGGCUGGGAACAAGGUGAAGAGAAGGAGAAGUACGACUUCCAGAUAAGACAGGUCUACCAUGCAAACACAGGAGAGGAAGAGGAUGAGGAAGCAGCAGCAGGCCUCCACAAAGCGCCGGCGCAUAAGAACUCACUGGAGGACUUGAAGGUGGAGACAUUUGCUGGGAGUCAGGGCGAAGCGGCCAACUACAGCAUGAUGGCAUCUGUGGAGAGCCCUCUGCUAGGUGCCGGCCCAACUGUGGACAUCAGCCAGGGAGAGCCUCUGCAAGCCCCUGGCACUGAAAGCAAUGAGUUUGAUGUGAGCCCCAUGGGCCAUGAUGACAUCAGCUUGGCUGACAUGUAUCGGUGGAAAGUCUCAGCUUAUGCCCCCUGCAGCUCCACGUGCACUUCAGGUAUCAGCACCUCAUAUGCUAUGUGUGUCCGGUACGAUGGAGUGGAAGUGGAUGAAACGUACUGCGAUGCCCUAAUGCGACCAGAACCUACUCAUGAAUUUUGCACAGGGAGAGAUUGCCAGCCUAGGUGGGAGACCAGCCGGUGGAGUGAAUGCUCCAGGACCUGUGGUGAGGGCUAUCAGUACCGCACUGUGCGCUGCUGGAAGAUGCUGGCUCCAGGCUUUGACAGCUCUGUUUAUGAUGAUCUCUGUGAGUCAGCUGGGCUGGCCAGGCCAAUGGAGAGGAAAGCCUGCAAGAACAAGGCCUGUGGGCCCCAGUGGGAGCUCUCUGAGUGGUCCGAGUGUUUGGCCCGGUGCGGCACGCAGGGGACAAUGAAGCGGGAGGUGCGCUGCUCGGUGGAAGCACCCCUCUGCGACGAGUCCCGGAAGCCCAGCAGCGAGAAGGUGUGCACAGGCCCACCCUGCGACCGCCGCUGGACUGCUUCGGAUUGGGGCCCGUGCUCAGGUUCGUGUGGUGAGGGACGCAUGAGCCGCUUCAUCGCAUGUCGCAACCUGGAGGGCAAGGUGAUCUCCAACUCGCAGUGUGACCCAGCCACCAAGCCCCUGGCUGUCCAUCCGUGUGGAGACAAGAACUGCCCCGCACACUGGGUGGAGCAGGAGUGGGACCAGUGCGAUGCCAGCUGUGGGCGAGGGAUGAAGACCCGGGUCGUCUUGUGCGCAGGCCUGGAGAAUGGUGUGUACAAGGAGUACCCUGAGAAGCGCUGUGAAGCCUCUCAGAAACCUGAGGAACAAGCUGCCUGUUUCAGGAGGCCAUGUUCAACAUGGUUCACUACCUCCUGGUCUCAGUGCAGCAAGACAUGUGGUGCUGGUGUGCGACUCCGUGAGGUGAAGUGUUACCAGGGGGAAACGCUGGCUCAGGGCUGUGACCCCACUUCCAAACCAGAAGCCAGGCAGACAUGCCAACUCCAGCCGUGUCCCACAGAGGCGCCAGAAGAAGACUGUGAAGACAAAGCGACGGCCAACUGUGUGCUGGUGCUGAAGGUGAAGCUGUGCUCUCACUGGUACUACAGAAAGGCUUGCUGCCGGUCAUGUCGGCUCAAGUCACCCUGACUGCUGCCAGGCUGUACUUCCCUUCCAAGUUCAGGGGCAAGAGCCCCCUUGAGCCAGACUUUACCACUUGAAGCCACCCCGCUUGGCUUGGCUGAGGAGCCAGUCCCUGUAGACCAGCCUGCUCAGCGAGGAAGGAUUCCUAGGACUUAGCCAUCACAUUCCCUCUCCACCAAGAGGAUUUUACACAAGACAAACCAUCAGUUCCUAGAAAGCUACUGAGAAGUGAGUUGGGAAAGCCUGUCCCUGCUGUCAUCUCUCUGAAGAUCUCUAGUUGGAGGUGGUGGGGCGCAGAGGCCAGCCCGCAGCAGGGCCCAGACGACUGCGGCCAUAUCUCUGGUCUGCCCUGCAGAGUCUUCUACUACAAGAAUGAUUUCCAA